AUGGCCGGCCCUCUACACACUUACGGACCGACGUGCCUCCUCGCUGAUGACGAUCCGAACCCCUCUACCUGGCACUCGUUGAUCCAGCCGCCCCGUCCCCGGCCUCAGUUCUUCUACGUAUCUUCUCUACCGAUAGACGACCCUCUCAGUUCUCUGCCACCUUCGUCGGGCGGUCAGGCCCAUGACGAGAGAGUACCGCCGCAGCCGUUUUCCGUUAGAGACAACCUCGCGCUAGAAGAAGCCUGGCUAUCAAUACGCGUGCAGAAGCUGCAGGAGAAUGCAAAGCGUAAAGCUCGCGAUGCGGACCCUCCGAAGACAAACACCGGUAUAGCUGUUCCCGGGAGGGAAGGCGUGGAAAGCGGAGCAGACAGUCCGCGGAGGGCUGGGAGUCAGCGAAACCGACGUCCUGGGACUUCUUCAGGCCCGUAUACGCAGACUCUGCCCCAAAGGCCAGCCUCUCGCUCGGACGACCCUCCCGGUAGCGCGGAAUACCAAGCUGAUGGAUCGAAAUAUUCGAGUGACCAGUCGGCGCCAAACAGCAGUGUUGGUGGCAGCCUUUCGACCAGCAACCCUUUUCAUCGCAAACGGGAGCUUUCUCCUUCUGCCAACGCGAGAAGUUCCCGUCGCAGACUCGGCGAUCCAGGAGACGAGCCAAGUCUUGACCCAGGCAGCGUAGGUUCCUUUGGUCAUUACUCUCGCGACGGCAGCAUCAGUGGAUCGCCUUUCAUCAGAGCUCCCGUCACCCAGUCAUCUAGUCCUCUAUCCCGAUCUGUGGAGUCUAUUUCUGUUAGGGAUGUGCCUCAGAGUUCUCAUGAGCAGACCGCUAGCCAGAGCUACUCCGCGUCGAAGCCUUCUGGUCUCAGAACUAGCACCUAUCAGGAGGAGGUGGAAGACGAGUCCGUCGAAGACACUGAUAUCGAGAAAGAAGACGACAAUGACACCUCAAAGAUCCCAGUUGGCGUGUCUCGACUUCACCUAGUCGAGCUACCAAAUCUAAAGAUGAAACCGAUUUACUGGAGCCCACUCCACGAUAUAUCCAAUGUUCUUCGCGCAACUUGGUUUUAUAAGAAUACAAUGUUACCGGUAGAGACGGAACUCGCUAAUAGACUAGAGGAGGGAUACAUUUACUUGAAGCCGUGGACCGAGACGUGGCAGGACGAACUCAACAGCUGUGUGGAGAACGGAGCGGAGGCUGAGAUGAAGAUCGUGCACCGGUUAUGGCCCAAGGACGAUCUCUCUUCGAGCAUAGAUGCUAACGUUCGCGAGGUCGAGAAUCGGCACUCGGAGUCGGCGGCUUAUGCUGAUAAUUGGGCUUCUGGAGGCUCGGCCGCUCACGCUGCGGCUGUCAAGCCCUACAUGACCUCGAGUGUUGUGUAUGUUGAUGGAAAGAACGCGCAGGUCCUUCGCCCUAGUUUGUUGCCGUCUGCAUCGAGGGGGAGAAGACCGCUCAGCGCCAUCCGGAAGGGACGUCAAAUCGGUAUACCCGUGGUCCGCGGCUUCAGCCGAAGCCAGUGGGAGAAACUACACCCAUCCAAGCCCAGUCCUGUCGACGUUCGGAACUACCUUCGCGGCGCUCAAGACAAGACAAUGAGGCCCAGUCGAGCCGGCGAGAUUUGCUAUGCCUGCGCAAUGGAGGAGGCGAGGCCGACACCAACUGACCUGGUCUUUGUCAUCCACGGUAUAGGGCAAAAGCUCUCGGAACGCAUGGAGAGCUUUCAUUUCACCCAUGCCAUCAACGCCUUUCGUCGACAGGUAAAUGUGGAGCUGAAUAGCGAGCAAGUAUGGCCACAUGUGCGAGAGAAUCAUGGAGGCAUCAUGGUCCUUCCCAUCAAUUGGCGCUCGACAUUGUCCUUGGACGACCCCAACCUCGAGGCUCAGGUGGCAGAUGACCCAGCUUCGAAUCAUUUCACGUUGAAGGACAUCACCCCAGAGACCAUCCCAGCUGUACGGUCCCUGAUCAGCGACGUCAUCUUGGACAUUCCAUACUACUUGUCACACCACAAACCGAAGAUGAUCCAAGCCGUCGUCAAAGAGGCCAAUCGCGUCUUUCGUCUUUGGUGCAAGAAUAACCCCGGGUUUCAGCAGAAUGGCCGUGUCCAUUUGGUUGCGCACUCGCUUGGAAGCGCGAUGGCCAUUGGCAACUUUGAAUUUUCCAGCAUCCCCGUUCACCUGGACAUUUUCGAAUUCGACACGAAGAACCUGUUCAUCUGCGGAAGUCCGGUGGGCUUGUUCUUGUUCAUCAACAAAGCGAACCUUUCUCCUCGGAAGGGACGUGAUAAGCCAGGCUCCGAGGGAGACGACCGGCUCCGCGGAGUUGCAGGCGAGGCAGACACGUACGGCUGCUUAGCGGUGGACAAUCUCUACAAUAUCAUGCAUACCACAGAUCCAAUCGCCUACCGCGUCAACGCCGCUGUCGACAGCGACCUAGCCAACUCCAUCAAAACCGCCUCCAUCCCCGGCUCAACAUCCUCCUUCUGGGGCUCCAUCGGCGGCGCCUUCCGCUGGAGCACAUCCGCCGUCUCCGCCCCCGAGCGACCCUCCCUAAUCGCCAAGCUGCCCUCCAACGUAGAGCUGGAAACGCACGAUUUCACGCGCGAAGAAAUAGCCGAGAAGCGCAUGCUCCUGCUGAACGACAACGGGCAGGUCGACUACUUCCUCUCUGGAGGCGGUGGCGCACUGAACAUCCAGUACCUCAACAUGCUGAGCGCGCAUAGCAGCUACUGGACGCUCACGGACUUCGUCCGCUUCCUUGUUAUCGAGAUCGCAAGGAAGCAGAGUCGGGAUGCGGUGUUGCCGGCGCUGAGGGCCGAGAAGAAGAAGGGGUGGAAGUAUCAUAAGGGGAAAUAUUGA